AUGCCGGACGAGAAACCGAGCCGUUUGUCCUUCAGCAUAUCCUCGACAUACGACGACAGUCCAUUCGGUCUGCCGGAAAGCCCAUGGACGUCUACUCCAGGCAGUUUAUCGAACGAGCCGCUUUCGAAGACAGUCUUUCUCGUCCGUCAUGGUGAGGCUUUGCACAAUGUCGCAGAAAAGUCUGCUCUGCAACAGGCACUCGCCGACAACAGCAAGACCAAUGACGAGGCCUUGCAUCGAGAGGCCAUGGAGAUCGCGCGAAAGUCCGCAUUGAGCGACGAAGGUUUGAAAGAUGCCCCGUUGUCCGCGAAAGGCAAGGAACAGGCCGUUUCCACAGCGGCAACUAUCAUGAAGAUGUUGCUAGACGAUGCCGAUUUAAAGCCGCCGGAAGCCAUCUUCGUGUCACCUCUGCAACGUGCUCUACAGACAGCAGCGGUCAUGUUCCCCAACCACAGCCGCGUCCAUGUCCGCAACCUCCUUCGCGAGCGAUGCACCGGUUUUCCAUGCGAUGAGAGGAGUGAGGGCUGGGACUUGGCGGGGCGGAAGACCUUCAGCUACAUGAGCUUCGACGAAGACGUGGAAGAUACGGACAUCAUCUGUGACCUCGACGAUGCCGAGGUCAAUGCGCCAUUUCGCCGGUACAAGACCUGGCCCUUGAUCGAGGAGAAGCCCAUGCUGCGAAAGCGCACUGCCGGACUCGGGAAGUUGCUGCAGGACGCGAGUGCGGAGAGCGUGUGCUUGGUCACUCACAAGGCUUUCCUGCGUGAGUUGGAGCGCGGGCCCUUCAACCGACCGACAGCCUCGGAGUUCAGUAACUGUGAGGUGCGAGUCUACGACGUCCUCAUCUCCGACGGGGACAUCGUUCGUGCAGACUUGCGACGCGCAGUUGGGGCUCCUGCUUUACGUGGACAUGUGACCGGGGCAGCGGCAGCAGGCGGGGCGACAGAGAAACAGGUCCUGAGCGACGGAGGGAUUCUGGCUGGCCCCACGCUGAGCUUGAGCUUUGUCGGCAGACUCGCGGCCGUGUCGACACGUAGCGAGGAGCUCGGCGAGAGGCGCGGAGGCUCCACUCGGGCUGCGACGGCUGCACCCACAGCUAUCGACGUGGAGGACUUGUCGAAAGAGGAGGCCAAGGUUGAGACAAAGCUGCCCUUUGCAUGCCCCGUGUGCCAGCGUCCCAUGGACAAGAGUGUGGCCGGUGGAGCGGUGCGGUGUCCAUGUGGCGAGCUGGGUUUCCCCCGUGCUUCUGGCGGCUUCCUGGAUCUCACCAUCGCCUCGGCGAAGACGGCUGAGGAGGUGCUCAACGCCAAGGCGCCGGAGGAGGCACCGCCCGCAGUCGGCGGGGUCCCAGCUCAGAACCGUUCGCACAUGGGACGGAGACGAAUAGCCUUCGGCCCGAACUUGAACAAGCUCUCCGUUUUUCCAAGCAACCAUGUGUCAACAACCAGGUACAAGCUUUGGACAAUCAUUCCGCUGAACUUGUUCGAACAGUUUCACCGUAUAGCUAACGUUUGGUUCCUCAUCGUGUCCAUCUUGCAAAUGUUGCCUUACAAGAUCUCGCCGACGACUUCUUGGGCAACUUUGGUGCCUUUGUGUAUCGUGCUCAUCGCAACUUUCUGCAAGGAUGCUUACGAGGACUUCAAGAGAUGGAGGGAUGACCGCAGAGUCAACCAGCAGCUGUGUUCCGUGUUCACUCCCCAUGUGAACAACCAGACACGAGACUCCCGAGACAACUUCAAAGAGAUCGAGUGGUCUCAGGUGCAGGUGGGCAUGGACGAAACAAGGGACAUCACGAUCCAGAGCGAGUCCCUGACAGACUCGAAGAGCACGUAG